UCCCGCAGCGACUCGGCCGCAGGAUCAGCUGGGCGAACGGAGGCUUCGCUCGCAAAGUCUGUCUGGUCUUUUCUUGUGUUCGUUAGUGAGUGACAAUGUCUGCGACCGGGGAGAAAGUGGUGGACACGGCCGAGGAAGUGGCCGAAGACGUGGGUCAUGCUUAUGGUUCUUGGUUUAAGAGUUACAUGAAGAUCUUUGGGCGGAGGGCGUUGGAAUGGUUCCUUGUUUACAUGUUUGGUUACUACAACGUGAGCUUCGGAUGGCUGAUGGCGCCGCUAUUUUUCCUUGUCCUGCGAGACAAGAGAGCCAAGGAGAAGAAGAUCAAGUUCGACAUCAUCCGAUCCAUAGCCAACGCUGACGAGAAGGAUAUUAUCCAAGAAAUCCAACGCUUCUCCAACCUCCCGUCGUGGGUGACCUUCCCAGACAUGGAGCGUGUGGAGUGGCUUAACAAGAUCAUCAGACAACUGUGGCCCUAUGCUGGUCAGUAUGUAAAGGACCUGUGCAAGUACUCCAUCGAACCCAGCAUGCGCACAGCUCUUGAGGAAUACAAGCUGAAUGGUUUCCAAUUCGAGAAGAUCAUUCUGGGAGACACUCCACCUCGAUUCUCAGGGGUCAAGGUCUAUGAUGACACGUCACGUCACGAAAUCAUCAUGGACAUGGACUUUGCAUAUGCUGGAGACUGCAAGUUUGAAGUGAGUGUGUCAAAGUUCAAGAUGGGCAUCAAAGACUUACAGAUAUCUGGACGGCUCCGUAUCAUGAUGAAACCGCUGGUGAGGCAAAUCCCUCUUGUGGGUGGUCUUCAGGUCUUCUUCCUCAAUAAUCCCGAUGUGGACUUCAACCUCAUUGGACUUGCUGAUGUGUUUGACAUGCCUGGACUCAGUGACAUCCUGCGAAGCAUUGUGACAGAACAGAUUGGUCACAUGAUGGUGCUGCCAAAUAGAUACCCCAUACAACUCGUGGAAGACAUUGAUGUAGUUGAGCUCAAGUGCCCAGCCCCAGCUGGUGUGAUUCGUCUUAAUGUCAUCGAGGCCCAGAACUUGAUGAAGAAGGACAUUGGCAUCAUGGGCACGGGCAAGUCUGACCCUUACUGCAUCCUCCGUCUUGGUGCGCAGAAAUUCCAGACCAAGACGAUUAACAACACCGUCAAUCCUAAGUGGGACUUCUGCUGUGAGGCAUUAGCCAAUGUGAUUCGAAGGCAGCGGAUAUCAAUAGAGUGCUGGGACUAUGACUAUAGCCCACUGAAGUCGUAUGAGAAUGAUGAUUAUUUGGGCAGAGCCAAUUUGGAUGUUCAGGAAAUUUGGAAGAAUGGAGAAGUAGAUAUGUGGGUGCCGCUGUCUGAGGCCAAGUCAGGUCGCAUUCACAUCCGAGCCACUUGGUUAGAUCUCAGUGACACUGCUGAUUCUCUGCAACUGCAACUUGAGGAAAUCCGUGCUCUUCAGGUGACAACGAAGAACCCACUUCACAGUGCUGUGCUCAUGGUCUGGGUGGAUUCUGCCAAGAAACUCAAUCAAAUCCCAGAUCCAUUUGUGAGGCUCUAUGUUGGUAAUGAGAAGGGAGAGACGGCUGUACGGCAGCGAACCAAUGACCCAGUCUUUGAGGAGGGCUUCACCUUCCUUGUCCGUAACCCACGCACCCAGGAGCUGAAGCUUGAGGUCAUUGAUCAGAAGACCAACCAGAUCCAAGGUAAGGUGGAGCUAGACCUCAACGUCUUCUUGAAGGAGCGUAAAAUGGAAGUCAUUGGAGAAGACUACAGCCUUAGUGGGGCCUCAGGAGGUCUGUCGACAUUGAAACUGAACAUAACUUUGAGGAUCUUGAAGACUGCCCUCAAAACUGAUGAUGGAGAUGGUGGUCCUCAGGAAAAGGAUGUGUCUGUUCCAGCACCAGGAGGGGGCAUAGAGCCUCCCGCAGAGGUUACUUCUGUUGAAGAGGUGAUGUCCACAGCAGCUACUCCUCUGAUGCAGAUGUUCCCCUCAGCAACAUCCAGCGAAGAAUCAUCCAUCAGGCAGAGGACAACGCCUGCAAGCAAUGCUGGGAUACAUGGGCUUGGCCGUGUUCAGCUGACUGUCAAGUAUGGUCCAAGGAACAAUCUCAUCAUUGUUGUACAUCAGAUUGAGAAUUUGCCAAAGGAGGAGGAUGGAGAGCUGCCUGACCCCUACGUGAAGUUGUACCUCCUACCAGACCGCUCCAAAGACAGCAAGAGAAAAACUGAUGUCAUAAAGGACGACUGCAAUCCCAAGUAUGACGAACGUUUUGAGUAUCCUAUCCCGCCCAAUGAGCUGACACAGCGCACUCUUGAAGUUAAUGUCAUCAACAAGAAGGGACUGCUCUUCCUGCAACGAUCACCGAAGAUGGGUCAGGUCAGAUUGGACUGUGGCCUCCUUGACGCCAGCAAAAUGACUCAGUGGUAUGACCUUGCUCCAGCUGCGGACGAUGACGAGGAGUGAGGACGGCAAAGUGUGCUAGGCCGAGUCGGAAGUUGGCGAGGGAGCCUUCGCCGAAUUACUAAGCUGGCUGAUAUCGCUAAGACUAAAAAGAAAAAAAAAGUAUGAUUUUAAAGCUAGCUUUAAAUGCUUCUAUGGAUGUAUGAUUUUCUCGCAAAACUGAUAGUACUGGUAGCAUAUGUUUAGAUAGUGUUUUGAUUUGAUUAUUUUGAAACAUGGGAAUGGUGAGGCAAGAAUACAGGCUGAUGAACAGUUAAUUGCGAGACAAGGAAAAUGCAGAUAAUAACACACAAAGAAAAUUUUACCCAUGCAAUGCCUGGAAUGAGCAAACACACUUGGCCUGCACACUUGGUCGUACAAUAAUGUUUACUGAGGGUCACAUUGAUACCAGAAUCAAUGAAUAGCAGUGAAUUUGCUAUUUGGUAGAACAGCUUAUAGGCUACUAAUUAAUAUUCUGUUCUCUCUUCUGUAAAAUCCCUUUUUCUGCUUUCCUGCUGCUGAAGUUAUGGCACUUGACACAAAUAAUGAAAUUGUAACUUUCAUCCAUUUUCUUUACAAUGAGUUUUGAAAGUAGGUAAAUAUAAAUUGAUAUUAUGGAAGUCCUCAUUUUUUCUUUUAGGUAUCACCACAAAUUAGUUAAAAAUAAAAAUCAUAGUAAAUUUCAGUAUUGUGUGGCCUUAAGUAGUGUGUUCUUCAGUCCAGGGUUAUUUUUAUAUUUGCCUUAUAGAUAACAGCACAAAUAGGAGCUUUUACAAGUACUUGCAUUUUACUUUAGGUUAGUUUUUUUAUAGAAAAUUUUCCAAGCUUAUUUUUGUUAUUGUCAUUCAUAAAUUUCACCAUUCACUGUGCCCAUCAUUCAAAGAAAAGAAAAAAAGAUGGGUGCUCUUGCAUCUCUCACUCAUCUCCCUAGUAUAUAUUAUGGUUGUGUGUAGGACAUGGUAGACAGGAAGAGUGGAUUGAUAUCCCAUAGGCCUGUGCGUGUUCAUUCUUUAGUAAUCUCAUAGUUUUACCAUUUAGUUCAGAUUUGUGUGCCAAUUUGAUAGCCAACUCUGGCUGUUAUUUAAAUGUGUCCAGCAAUUAUUUUCUUUUUCACACAUUACUGUAACUUAAUGUUUGCCUGAUUUUUGGAGCUUUUGCUGAAAAAAGAAAAGGUGAAAACAGUUUAUUACGUAUUUGUUGCAGUAAAAAAAUUCUCAGGAACAAGAGAAGCAACAGCCUGCUGUGUAGAUGUAUAGUGAGAAUUAUUUAAAAAAACAACCUUACUUUCCUUAAAGUAAAAUGUAAGAAUGAGGAUAAGAUAAUUCUCAACAGAAAAGAAAGAAGAAUUUGGUUAACCACUUAAAUGGCAUCAUUCAUUCUUGAAUGGAAAAAUUUAACCUUGCUUGUGAUCUUUAAUUUUCAUUGAAGACAAAUUAAGAUAAUAAUACAAGGCUUAGAAAUGAUGCAAGGAUUGUCUUUUUAUUACCAACAAAUCAAGGUAUGAAACAUUAAAUGGACAGCUUAUAAAACUUCAGGUAAAUAGGAAUUACAAAGAAUACAGCUUAGGCAGCAGUAUAUUUAUAAUCUUUCAUACAUGAAUGGCGCUAAAUCUUGACUAAAUACGUUUCCCAGUAAUUUUUGGUUUGAUUUUUCAAGUGCACUGAUCACAUGGUUGAAGUCCUUAUUAUAAACCAUGUUGUAAUAUAUUUACAAACAAAGUUUUGUCACAUUUUGCUCUACAUCCCAUCCAGACAUUCAGAUUAUGUGAGUUGUUACAUUGUGUUUUGGGGCUUAGGUCAUGUAAUAACAUUUUUGAUUGUGACUUUUUGGGGAAGAAUUAUCUUUAAUAAUUGUUCACCUAAUACCAGUGUUUAGAGAACCUAAAAAGUAAAUGCUAACUAUUGAAUGGGAAUAUACAACCGACAUUGAUAGUCAUCCCAAAGGGUAUUGGUCAUUUCUUCCCUUCAUUUAUAAUAAAUGGUUUGUUAAAUUCAGUAGGGCAAUAGGGUUUCUUUCUAAUUGGUGCUAUAGUGUUUUAGUGAGAAAUUUUGCUGUUGAUCUUUUUCAAUGUUGAUAAUUGGUAGUAAAAUUAACAUAGAAAGACAAUGAACUACUUAUAAUAUGAUGUUACAUGCAUUAUAAAUUUGCCUUGCUAUAUUAAACGAAAAAUAAGACUGCCUUUAGUGUAUAGUUUGUGUACAGUAUAUUAAAUAUCUAUCUGUUAGAUUUAUGCAGCUUGUGAUGUUUAUGCUAAGAUCUGAAAGUGUAGUUGCUGUUUAAAAUUUCUGCAAAAUUUGGCCCUUUGUGGUAGGCUUCAUCAGAUUGGCAAGCACUUAAUAAUGACAGAUAUGUUUUUGUUCUUUCCCUCAUUAAUACAAUGUGUUGCAUUUGCAAAACACAUUUAAAAUAAUAGUGAUACAGAUCUUUUGAGUUCUUUAUCUCAUUGCAUAGCAUGCAAUCAAAAGUCAUAGGUUAUAUGAUAGAAAAAUCUGUACAGUUACAAGUAAAACAUAAUCUUGAAUGGUAUGCCUUAUUAAAAGUAGUGUUAUAUUAGAUAUUUUGUCCAAAAAGAGCUUGAUAAAAUGUAUUACCAAUCUAUGCUUGUAACUUGAGAGUAAAUCAGGAUGUGCUUCAGCUUACAUGCAAAUGUGUGUGGAUGUUUGUGAGUACACGUUUACAAAGGUGGUUGACUGUAUGUGUGUGUGUGCAUGCAGAUACAGAAAUAUAUGUUUGUAUAAGCUUUACUUGUGUUGUUUAUUUAUACAGACAUAUAUUUGUGAACAUCUUUCCUUUAUUUUGUAUUGUCAAAAGUUACAGAAAAUUGUACUUAAGAGGUUUAGGUUCAUAUCAUAUAUAUAUACCAAAAGAUUAUUCUUUUGCUUCCUUGAUUGUUAAAUGUUAGAUGGAUGAAAAAAAAAGAGAAAUAUAUUGUUUUCUGCAGUUAUUUGGUGCUAAAUACAGCCACCAAAAAUAAAGUUUUGUUGAAUUCAUUUUUUUUGAUUUGUGUGCUAUGUUGAAAUAUUUAAUUUUGGGUAAACCUGUUUUAUUUACAAAAAAACAAAAUCUACCACUGAGAAAAUACACAAAAUGAUGCUGAUUUCAGAAAAGGGGGGGGGGGAAAUAAAUAAAAAAUAGACUUUGGUUUAUUAUUGGUCCAAACACAUGGAUGAUCAUAAUUUCCCAGGAUGUUAUCAAGAAAAAAAAUUAUGGAUUAAUAAAAAAACACCAAUUAUUUUAUUUCCGUUUCAUUCAUAAGCCUAAUAUGAAUUUUCCGAUAUUGCACAUAUACUGUAAGCUGUAAACUAACGACAGUGUACCAAAAAGUUCUGCAACCUGAUGUGUCUAUUUUAACUACUUCUUUGUGAUAAUUGUCCUGGUGAAGGUUACUAUAGAUGGAUAAUAAAGCUUUUUCAAAUUUA